AACCUUCGACCACAACCGCCACAACCACCACAACUACUUCCACACAACUACUUCCACACACCAUACAUCCCCCCGCCUCUCGCCACUUACCAACGUCGCGAUUGCACAUUCAAAAUAUUUUUACCUGUCAAUUAAUUCUUUAGCAAUUUUACUAUCGAGAAUUGUGUUUUUCUUACUCAUCAGUUUCGCUCUUGACUGAGGGAGCAAGCCACAGCCUGGUGGACCCUACUCGUCAACUUUCGCGUCUUCUCAACAACAUACAUUAAUGUUACAGCAACAACGCGACGCAUUUCGACCGAUAUGUUCUCUACUUUGCUAGAUAGAAUGGGCGCAUCGUCUCUCUCUUCCGCCAAGCAUGAAAUAACGCGUGCCCCUUCGUCAGAAUCAAUCAAUACCGCCAUUACCGUCGACGACACCUCAAAUUUAGAUUCCUCAUCCACACCUCCAACAAGCAUUGGAGACAAUGUUAGUGUCACUUCUGCCACUACUAAGCUUGAGUCUGCUGCCGACGAGGUCUCAAUUGCCUCCGAACUUUUAGAUAGACGAAGUCGGCGAGUACGCGCAAAGGUCGGGACCUACAAUGUUAAGAUUCUAAGUGGCACCGCUGUCCAUGCACCGAGGAAGUUUUUGAAGAAUAAUGGCCCUCUGGACAGCGAAACACGGCGACAAACCAUAUUAGAGGGCGAUUUGGAGGGUGCAUUGGGUUCAAUAAAUACAUCUACCAGCUCUAUAGGGAAGAGUGCACAAAAACUGGUUAGUGAGGGGAUUGAUGCUCUGGACUUGUCCUGGUCGGUCGAAAAACUACCUAAAUCAGGCAGCGACGUCAGCACCCUCAGCAGUCCAAAAACUACUGCUAGGAAUGAGGAUCGUUUUCGAAGGAAGUCUUUACGAUCUACACCUAGCGAAACGGCAGCGGAACUCACAAAGAAGAUCAACUUGUUAGGGAAGAGGAGUCGAAAAGAAAUGGAAGGAGGCAUUCAGAAGGCAAAGAGGGAGCUUAGGAACCUGGCCGAUACGAAAGAGUUCGCAAAGAUUGAAACAGAACCUGUUGUAUUGGAAGUAUGGAGCAAUGGAAAACUUGUGCCAAAAGAGUCGGCAAGGAAGAAGAAGAAGGCGGAGGAGGCCCACGCCUCCGAACCUGAGCCUAUUAAGGCUCCAACAAAGAAGGCAGCGCAAGGGGGGAAAGAGAAGGCUUGGUUGACCAAGGGACUCUACGCUGGGCAGGAUCCGGCAAGUCUUGAUUGGUUUAAAUCUUCCGGAAAUGCAAAGUCAGCUUUCAAAUGGACCGAAAAGCCGAAUAAAGCCUUGCCAUUGCCCUUAUGGAAUGGCCAAAGAUUACUACAUGUUGGAAGGGACUUCAAAUUACCGUUCGACAUUUGCGCUCCACUUCCCCCGGGACAACCUAAGCCCACCGAGUGGUACAAGACUUCUCACAGUAAGUUUCAUUGAAUUUUCGGCCCUCUCAUGCACUUGCUAAUCCCUCACAACAGAUCGAUUCAUAGGAGAAGCUGGUACAAUGUGGAAGAAAUCAAGCUUGUUUGAUAGCUUCUUCUCUAAGUGUAUCUGUAAACCCGACACAGGUUGCGACGAAGAUUGCCAAAAUAGGAUCAUGCUUUACGAAUGCGACGACACCAAUUGUGGCGCAGGCCGUGAUAAUUGCAGUAAUCGUGCAUUUGCUGAGCUCUUCAACCGUCGCAAAGGGAACUCGUUUCGAAAAGGUGGUAAUAAGUAUGAGAUUGGCGUUGAGGUUAUUAAGACGGCUGAUCGUGGCUACGGAGUUCGAAGUAAUCGCUGCUUCAACGCAAACCAGAUUAUUGUUGAAUAUACGGGCGAGAUUAUCACAGAAGACGAAUGUGAUAGACGUAUGAAUGAGGAUUACAAAGACAACGAGGUAACCACUUUCACUUUCCAGAGAGAAAAACAAUUUGGCUGACUAUUACAUAAAAGUGUUACUAUCUAAUGUCGUUUGAUCAGAACAUGAUCAUUGAUGCGACGAGGGGAAGCAUUGCUAGAUUUGUCAACCAUUCCUGCAGACCGAAUUGCAGAAUGGUGAAAUGGAUUGUGGAGGGCAAGCCGCGCAUGGCCCUGUUCGCGGGCGACAAUCCUAUCAUGACAGGUGAUGAGCUCACCUACGACUACAAUUUUGAUCCAUUUUCCGCCAAAAACGUCCAGGCAUGUCGCUGUGGCAGUGAUAAUUGCCGUGGUGUAUUAGGACCUCGACCAAAGGAUCAGAAAGUCACGAAGGCUACCACCAUCAAAGAGGUUGUCAAAGCAGGUAUCAAGGCUGGCAAGCGAAAGCUUCAGCAGAUGAUUGGUGACGACGAAGACGACGAUGAUCAGAUUUUAAAGAAGCGAAAGACAAAGGCGGCCACAGGAGUUAAGCAAUCUAUCUCUACAGCUACCACGAACGUUGCAAACACUGUCAAAAAAUCAGUUUCCUCACGACUAUUGAACGCUUGCUAUGCGGUUGGCUCGAAUAAGAAGACGAUUAAAGCUAGCCAUGCCAGAGCCCCACUGAAGACGUACGGAAGAAAGCAGAUGAGGCUGUCGUCAAACCGCACGAGUCUGACAAUCGUUUCGCCUGAAAAGAAUCCGAAGGCCAAGAAUACGACGCAGAGAGAAAGCGUGACUGGAGGUAUGGUACGGAAUGUGCGUUCUUUCGGACGGUCAGGCGUGUCUGAUGAUGCCAAUGAGAGUACGAUUCGGGUUGUCACUGACUUCGAUGAGGACGUAGAAGAAGAAGAAGAAGAUUAAAUGAAGGAAUUAUAACCAUGAUCAACACAAUUUUGGCUGCAUUGUUAGGUGUUGCCGUUGCGCGGCGUGCGUGGGAAAUGCUAGGAUUGGAACGGGUAUAUGGACUUUCAUCAUGUUCGGGCUGGCAUGGUUAAAUCUUCAAAGACAGGCGUAUGGCUGUCUUUCCAUCAUGUAUGAAUAUCUACUAAUAGUUUCUCAAUUCGAGAUUUGUACUUCAAUCUG